ACAGUGGCGAUUUGGCGCCUAAUCCGCCAACUAACACUGGGAACCCCCUACAACUUUGGGCCAAACAGAACUUCACUUCUACUUCACUUCAAAUGCACAUCGAUGGAAGUAAACAAAACAGACGCGACCAAGCCAACGUGAUGGGAUGAACUCGUUACCUCCAAUCUUGCACCCUGAUCGGAAAGUGAAGCUGUAAGGCUUCGAUCUUCUGUCAUUUCCUAGUCUAAAUGGAAGUCUGAGCGACACGAUAGCUGCGACCAGGCGCUCAAAUUCAGCAACGGCCAAAGCAACGAUGCCUCUCCUAAGGAGCGACUCCUUCAAGGACAUAGACUUUACUCUUCGUCGACAGUUCGGCAAAGAGAAUUUCAGACCACAUCAGAGAGAGAUCAUCAAAGCUGCCCUCGACGGUCAUGAUGUCUUCGUCCAGGCAGCCACCUCGUUCGGCAAGAGUCUAUGCUUCCAACUUCCAGCCGUAAUAGACCGUGGAAUCACUAUUGUGAUUUCUCCAUUGCUGAGUCUCAUGAUGAACCAAGUCGAGGCCCUCAGGGCAUCAGAUGUGGACGCUCGCACCUUGAACAGCAACACUACCAUGCCAGAGCGGGACUACAUUUACGCUGAUCUCGCAACUGGACAUCCCCUUACGCGCCUUCUAUACGUGACUCCCGAGCUAUGUUCCGGCGAUCACUUCCGGCGGAAACUGAAACUCGUCUAUGAGCAGCACGAGCUAGCACGCAUCGUGGUUGACGAAGCCCAUUGCAUCUCAGAAUGGGGUCACGACUUCCGCAAAGACUUUAAACGGCUCUCCUGGUUCCGUGAAAACUUCCCCGACGUACCAGUUAUGUGUCUCACAGCCACAGCCAACGAUCAAGUCCGCCGAGAUGUGCUCACCACGCUAGGGCUGGACAAGACACCCGGAAAACUCAAGAUCUUCGGCAUGACAGCUCACCGACCCAACCUGCACCUCGAAGUGCGUUUCACCAGCGACGAGGCCAACGACCGCUACGACGACUUUGUCACCUGGCUAAAGGGCGUGUACGACCGCCGAGCGGCCGCGGAUCGAAAAGCCGAGCUAGAUGCCACCGGCCAGCGCGUCGAGAACGUACCGGGGAUCAUCUACACCAUCUCCCGCGACGAAGUUGAGUCGCUCGCGGCCGCCCUACGACACGACGGCAUCGGCGCGCGGCCCUUCCACGCGAAGCUGCCAAACCAGAUGAAGGAGGAGACGCUGGCCAAGUGGAUCGCCAACGAGCCGGGGUACGAUAUCAUCGUUGCCACGACGGCCUUCGGCAUGGGUAUCGACAAGGAGAACGUGCGGUUCGUGGUGCAUUGGCGGUUGCCCAAGUCGUUUGAGGGGUACUAUCAGGAAGCUGGGCGGGCGGGUCGUGAUGGGAAUGCGAGUUAUUGUUUUCUUUACUACAGCCGCGAGGACCGGGACCGGGUGUGUAACUUGGUCAUGAGGGAGCCGGUGUCGAAGAACUCGGGGUCGGAUGGGAUUAAUAAUAAGCAGGCGAGGCAAGAGAGCCUCAGUAGGCUGGUGGCAUAUUGUGAGGAUACCAGCUCUUGUCGGCAUGCGGCCAUUUGUAGGUAUUUUGGGGAGACGCAAGUGCCUGAGUGCGAUUAUACGUGUGACUGGCAUAAGGAUCCUCAGGGGCUGAAGAGGAGGAUGGCGAGGGGAUUGGCGAGUGAGGAAUGGGUUAGUACUCAGCGGGAAGAGGGGAUGUAUGAUGAAUAUUGGAGUGAGUAGGGAUGAAGGGAGAGGCUUGGAGUUUAGUAGCUGGUUGAUCUCUUGGUUGAUGCAGUGUUUGAGGUCUGGAUUAAUAUGAUACCCAUAUUUCUAUUCAUAGUCUUGCGUAUUAGCAAGAAGUCAUUCUGCAAGGCAAUAGUUACGACAUCAUCGGCAGGGUAACGCAAUGAGAG